UUACAGGUACGAGCUAUUUCAGGUGCACGGCCGAAAGAUGCUUUGAGGUCGGUGUGAUUUGUGAGGCGCUCCGUGAGGAGAUCCGAACUCUUUGAAAAAAGUAGGACAGUGGAGAGGAGUCCUUCAUGUCGAGUACGUCUGCGUCCAAAAGCUAAGGUUCGAGAAGCCUCGUCUUGUUUGUUCAUCUUCUGCUUCAAUGGAGAGACCUGAUAUUUCAUUUAGCUGAAGCCCUAACAGCAGCCAUAGAUCAUCAAUGGCGGCCGUUUCAGUGGCUGCGGAAUGGCAGCUUCUCUACAACCGCUACUACCGGAAGCCCGAGAUCUACACGAUGCAAUGGAAGCAAUUCGAUCUCAAUCGCAACAAGGUUGCUUGCGCUCCCUUCGGCGGACCGAUCGCCGUCAUCCGGGACGACUCUAAGAUCGUCCAGCUUUACGCCGAGUCAGCUCUUCGCAAGCUUCGAAUCUUCAAUUCUGCCGGAGUUCAACUCUCCGAGACCGUUUGGAGGCAUUCUGGCGGACGCCUCGUCGGAAUGGCAUGGACCGACGAUCAAAUUCUGGUCUGUGUCGUCCAGGAUGGGACUGUGUAUCGCUACAAUGUCCAUGCCGAGUUACAAGAACCUAAUAUUUCGAUGGGCAAAGAGUGUUUCGAGCAGAAUGUGGUGGAGUGUGUGUUUUGGGGGAAUGGGAUGGUUUGCAUAACGGAGGCGAAUCAGAUUUUCUGUAUUCCUGAUUUCCAGAAUCCAAAUCCGUGUAAGCUGGCUGACCCGCUUCUUGAAGAGUUCCCGCUCUGUAUGACUGUUAUCGAGCCUCAGUACACCAUGUCUGGCAAUGUUGAAGUUCUUCUUGGUGUGAAUGAUCAUGUAUUGCUCGUUGAAGAGGAAGGAGUUCAGCAACUUGGAGUAGGUGUUGGGCCACUCCAAAAAAUGGUGGUUUCGCGGAAUGGAAAGUUGCUUGCUUCAUUUACCCAUGAUGGGCGUGUUCUGGUUAUCUCAACCGAUUUCUCCAAGAUCAUAUUUGAGUACAACUGCGAGUCUGCCCUACCCCCCGAACAGCUAGCAUGGUGUGGGAUGGAUAGUGUGUUGCUUUAUUGGGAUGAUGUGCUUUUGAUGGUGGGUCCUUAUGGAGAUCCAGUGCGCUAUUUGUAUGAUGAACCAAUCAUUCUUAUCCCAGAGAGCGAUGGAGUAAGGAUUCUCUCAAAUACAAGUAUGGAAUUUCUACAAAGAGUUCCUGAUUCUACAGUAUCAAUCUUUAAGAUUGGGAGCACACUACCAGCAGCUUUGCUUUAUGAUGCUUUGGAACACUUUGACAAGAGAAGUGCUAAGGCAGAUGAAAAUUUACGAUUAAUUCGCUCUUCUCUUCCUGAGGCGGUUGAAGCAUGUAUUGAUGCUGCUGGCCAUGAAUUUGAUACUUCACGCCAGCGAACACUAUUAAGAGCUGCCAGCUAUGGCCAAGCUUUUUGCAGCCAGUUUCAACGUGAUCGGCUUCAGGAGAUGUGCAAAACAUUACGAGUGUUAAAUGCUGUGCGCAGCUAUGAGAUUGGCAUUCCUCUUAGUAUUCAGCAGUAUAAGUUACUCACAGCAUCAGUUCUGAUCGGUCGUUUGAUUAAUUGUCACCAACACUUUCUUGCAUUUCGGAUAUCAGAGUAUACUGGCCUUAAUCAAGAAGUUGUGAUAAUGCACUGGGCAUGUGCAAAAAUAACAGCUUCAUUAGCAAUUCAUGAUGCAGCUCUCCUUGAAAUCUUACUUGAUAAGCUUAAAUUAUGCAAAGGCAUAUCUUAUGCAGCAGUAGCUGCUCAUGCAGAUAAAAGCGGACGUCGUAAGUUAGCUGCAAUGCUUGUUGAACAUGAACCACGCUCUUCUAAACAGGUUCCUCUUUUGUUGAGUAUAGGAGAAGAAGACACAGCAUUGGUGAAAGCAACUGAAAGUGGUGAUACUGACCUUAUUUAUCUUGUUCUAUUCCAUAUCUGGCAAAAGAGGCCUCCAUUAGAGUUCUUUGGAAUGGUACAGGCAAGACCUCUGGGUCGUGAUCUCUUCAUAUCAUAUGCUCGGUGUUAUAAGCAUGAAUUCCUCAAGGACUUCUUUCUUUCAACUGGUCAGCUUCAAGAUGUGGCUUUCCUGUUAUGGAAAGAAUCAUGGGAACUGGUAAAAAAUCCAAUGGCAAGUAAGGGAUCUCCACUUCAUGGUCCACGCAUAAAAAUAAUUGAGAAGGCACAAAAUCUUUUCUCAGAGACCAAGGAACAUGCAUUUGAGGCAAAAGCUGCUGAAGAGCAUGCCAAAUUGCUAAGAAUGCAGCAUGAAUUAGAAGUGACCACAAAACAAGCCAUAUUUGUUGAUUCAAGUGUCAAUGAUACAAUUCGCACAUGUAUUGUACUAGGAAACCAUCGAGCUGCAAUGAAAGUGAGAACAGAAUUCAAGGUUUCUGAGAAAAGAUGGUAUUGGCUCAAAGUUUUUGCUCUAGUUACAACAAGAGACUGGGAUGCCCUAGAAAAAUUUUCAAAAGAGAAGAGACCACCCACUGGUUAUAAGCCAUUUGUGGAGGCUUGUGUUGAUGCUGGUGAGAAAGAUGAAGCCAUUAAAUACAUUCCAAAACUUGCAGAUCCACGAGAAAAGGCUGAGGCAUAUGCUCGCCUUGGUAUGGCAAAGGAAGCUGCAGACGCUGCAUCUCAGUCAAAAGAUAAUGAAUUGCUUGGCAAAUUGAAACUAACCUUUGCACAGAAUGCAGCAGCUUCGUCUAUUUUUGACACCUUGCGGGAUCGGCUAACAUUCCAAGGAGGUUCUUAGUCAUUAUUAUCCAUGCUGCUUCCUCAUUUUUUAACUACAUAUCUCUAGAUCUGGUCACCGCAUUGCAAUGCCAGCUGAAAUUACUGAGUGCUUAGCGUUUGUGGAUUGGCUUGUCUUUGUUACUUGUGAAGGAAUGGAGUGUUUCAUUGGUGUGGUUAAAUUCCUUUCUUGAAUGUUGUGUAUAAUCCAAUAAAUGUGAUCUACGUGGGGAUUUUCUUUCAUCACAAAAAUGCUUGUGACUUUUAUACUCAGUGUCUACUUAGUUGGGCUAGAGCAGGGCAUUGUUGUGAUGUCGAUUUCUUUGAACUGAUAAGAAAUUGGAUAGAAGUCAUGGAACCA